AUAUAUUUAUGUAAUAUUUUAACAAUAUUUAGGCUACUUUUGCGCUGCAAGAAUAAUUUUAAGUUUCCUCUUUUUUAUAUAUUUACUAUCUGGUUUUUAUUCACUUUAAGGCGAUCCUGAUUUGUUUGAAAAGUUAACAUGUAGAUCCGAAUCCAACAAUCUGUUCCUGAAAAACCUUUGGACUGUCGGUUGCGAAGGGGCGUGGCCGGUGGUCCUGGCAGUCCUGACUCAGGGCGUAGAGAGCUCCUCGUUUCACCUGCCGCGGUCCUCCAGGUUAAUGGGUAAACUUCCUCCACCGUCACCUUCCUGCUGAUGCGUCCAGCCCCCGUUUCGCUGUCAGAGACUUGAUGCCCUCCGUCCUCGUAUUUGUGAGACCGACGCAGAAACGUCAAACGGUCCGAACGCACAGAGUCCGGCAGAGAGAUCCCGCAUUUCAACCGAGCAAGCCGUCCUACUUCCCCGCGAGAGUUCAUGCCGUGGGAUGGACCGCUACAGGUAUUUCAUCUUCAACCAAAAGGGCGUUCUGAUCCUGGGCAUCCUCCAGAUCGCCUGCGCGGGUCUGUGCGUGGUGUGCGGCUGCAUGGACGCCGCUUUCCGCAAAAGCACGCCGCUGAGCCGCAGCAGGACGCCGCUGUGGGGAGGACUGAUCAUGGCCUCUCCGGGGGUUUUGGCUCUGUUUGCCUCCCAAAGGAAAAAUUCAGUCCUGGUGAGUGCGAUGCUCGUGGCUGCUGGGUUGUCCUGUGUGGCUUCGGUGGUCAUAUCGGGUUACUGUGGACUGACUCUCACCUACGGCGAGGAAGAUGAAGAUGUGUUCCACCACUUGAACACUGCAGAAGCGACCGUUGUUCUUCAUCGGAUGGUGAAGGGCGCCAACUCCACCAUCAUCCUCACCUGUGUGAUCAGCCUACUUCUCUCGUCUCUCAUCGCCUUCGUGGGCUGUCGCAGUCUCCCCUUUUGUGGUUGCUAUGACAACCGAACCGGACUGGAAACCCUGGUUCCUCAGAGCGACUCUGGAGACACAGAGAUGGUUUGCAGGUGGCAGGCAGGAGGCGACGACAGGAUCUUCAAUUCUCCAGCUCAGCCAGUUUACAGAGACGCACAGGAGGAGGAGGAGGACGCCGCCUCCAGAGCGCCGCCCUACAGCAGGAUGGCCUGACGCCUCCGGGUUGGACGCGCUGCUUCCUGAAGCUGCGAAAACGUGAACCAUAUUUCAAAUACGUAUCCAUGUAAUUCAUGUGUUUGACCCCCGUUUUUUGUCGCGUUUACGCAUUUAUCGUUGGUGUUUUUCAUAAAUAAAAGCAGGUUUUUUUU